AUGCAGAGAAGACAACUACUGGGCGCCGCGGCUGGUUUAAUGCUGCUCGGCCCAACCAUUGCAAGAUCUAUGGUGAAGACGGCGAAACAAGUAAAAGAACUACAGCAAACCUGGCGGGAUUGGGUACCCAGCAACGUCACUCUGGACUUGUCCGUUGAGAAAAUUAGGUUGAGCAAGAGUGAAUGGCGGGGGCGCCUAUCGGCGGCCAGCUUUGACGUACUGCGCCGUGAUGGCACCGAGCGGCCCAACUCGCAUCCGUAUAACCAAGAGAAACGCGACGGUGUAUUUGUCUGUGCAGGUUGCGAACUGCCGCUGUUCACCUCGUCGAUGAAAUACGAUUCUGGCACCGGCUGGCCGAGUUUCUUCACGGCAAUACCAGAGCAUCUGGAAACCAAGAAAGAUUUCAAAUUGAUAUGGCCGCGUACUGAGUACCACUGCAGCCGUUGUGGUGGCCAUCAGGGCCAUGUGUUUGACGAUGGUCCUCGGCCAACGGGUGAGCGCUGGUGCAACAAUGGUGCCGCUCUGACGUUUUGGCCCAAAGAAGGAUAG